AAAGCAGGCUAAUAAGGUUCAAGUGAAAUAGAUCCACCCUAGAUUUCACCGGCGACAAGUUAUAUGGAGAAAGGCUCUGUCCCUGGACCCUGGGAGUCAGGACAAGUCCCGCCAAGGCCGCCCCUCAACCAGCACUCAUGCUGUCACUAUAAAAGAUGAUAAGAUCGCAAUCCUCGCCACAGUUUCUGCUAAACAACUCAACAUGAAGCUUGUGAUCCUCGCUGCCCUGCUUGGCCUGGCCCUCGCUGCCCCUGAGUACAUCAACGGAGUACUGCCAUCGCUCGAGGACGACUCCAGCGAGGAAGACAACAGCGAGGUGGUUCCUAUUCUUAAAGACGACCGUAUCCAGGAGGACGAUGGGAGGUUCAACGUGGACGUGGAGACUGGCAACGGCAUUCUGCUCUCCGAGUCUGGCUCUCCCAAGGGACCCGAUGGCGCCGUGGUGAAGGCUGGACAGUACUCGUACACGGCUCCUGACGGCACCCUGGUGGAGAUGAAGUUCGUGGCUGACGAGAACGGCUUCCAGCCUGAGUCUGCUUUGCUGCCCGUGGCCCCUGAGUUCCCGCACCCCAUCCCUCAGUUCGUGCUGGACCAGAUCGCCUUUGCCGCCGCCCAGAGAGCCGCCCAAGAAGCCGCUGAGGACGAUGCUGAGGACACUGAUUCAUCCGAGGAAGUGCUGCCUGCUCCUGCCCCUGCCCCAGCUCCUGCUCUUCUUCCUUACCCUUACCCUGCCCUUGCUCCUCUCCCUGCCCCCGCCCCUGCCCCUGCUCCUCUCCCGGCUCCUGCACCUUCGCCUGCGCCAGCUCCUGCCCCUGCUCCCGCCCCUGCUCCUGCCCCUGCUCCAGCUCCUGCUCCCGCCCCUGCUCCAGCCCCUGCUCCCGCCCCUGCCCCUGCUCCCGCCCCUGUCCCUGCUCCAGCCCCCGCCCUUGCUCCCGCUCCUGCUCCUGUCACUGUGUAUGGAAGUCCCAAUUAGCCGAUGGUACUGCCAGUCUCUGUCACAACCUGAAUAAUAAAGAGAAAUGUAACGUU